AUGAGUCAAGCAGUGUCAACAAUUACCUUUUCUAGCUUAUCACAGUCAGGAAUGCUGCCUCCUCCAAAUACAAUUACUAAUUCUUCUAAUUUUCAGUCUUCAAAUCCUGCAUCUCCAUUGAAUUCUGUCCAUACUAUUGGCUCCCCUGCACAGCCAUCGAUUGAGCCGUCAUCUGGUACAACUCUAUCUCCUGUAAAAUCAUCUGAUAUUUCCUCGAGUCAAUUACAAUCUAAACUAAGAGGCGGACCGUCUGUUGAAAAUAAUGAUAUCACUAACAGUAACCUUCGCCAGCUACGUUGCAAAAUCAUUUUAACUGAUCUGGAGUUCAGUUUAAAACCUGUGACAUAUGCCGGAAUUUUCAACCAUAUGCUCAAUUGGCUGGUGAAUUGGGACCAAAGACCACAUGGAGUUGAUGAAGCUGUUAUUCUGAAGUCAUGGAGACUUGACAAAACUGUAAUUGCCUGGGUACAUAGUUGCUUGGAUGUGAUCUGGCUUUUAGUUGAUGAGGGAAAAUGUCGGGUUCCCUUUUAUGAAUUAUUACGUAGUGAUUUUCAAUUCAUAGAAAAUAUACCUAAUGAUGAAGCAUUAUUUAAACUUACCUUGGUGAUCCAGGAGCCGGGGCAGCUUGUUGAAAUCUCGCUAAAUGCUCACGGCACCCGUGUUGUUCAGAAGCUGAUUGAGACUCUCGAAACCGGGCAGCAAAUUUCAUUAGUUGUGUCGGCUCUUGAACCGGGAUCUUUGACUCUCAUAAAAGACCUUCAUGGUAAUCAUGUGGUUCAACAUUGUUUGGAAUGCCUGAGCAAUGAAGAUAACAAGUUUAUCUAUGUUGCUUCUGUCAAGUAUUGCGUGGAGAUUGCAACUCAUCAAACACGGAUGUUGUGUUCUACAAAAAUGCAUUCGUUAUUCAAGCGGGGAGCGUAG